AGAAUAAGAAAGCCAUUCCUCUACUUAAAAGUUCAGUUGGUUGUAUCGCCUUCUCUGUCAGUUCCCCAGAAUUUAACAACCAACUUUUAGUAGCAAACUAGCAAAGACUUGACCUUGGGGAGAAGAAAUGGAGUACAACACUGCUUGCAAGGACAAGAAGAAGAAAACUAUAGAUCAGUCCAUGCUGCUGUGCUGCAAGCUUUUCAUAUCUGAAUCGCGUAACCUCACUGUGCUUGACGCCAUUGAACGUGCCGCUAGGCUUGACCUGGAGUCUGUCAUUGUUAACAAAUUUGAGGACCGAGCUUACAAUAGGGUCCGGUAUACUAUUGUGUCAUAUGUUCUGCAUGAUAGCACAGGAAGUGCCAUAUACAGCCCCUUGCAGCAAACUGUACUAGCCAUGGCCGAGGCAGCAUUCGGCGCCAUUAACCUCGAGCAGCACUCAGGGGCUCACCCUCGCUUAGGGGUUGUCGACGACAUUGUGUUCCACCCUUUGGCAAGAGCAUCUCUAGAUGAAGCAGCUUGGCUUGCUAAGGCUGUGGGAGCAGACAUUGGCAAUAAAUUCCAAGUUCCAGUAUAUCUAUAUGCUGCAGCACACCCUACAGGCAAGGCUCUUGAUACCAUUAGGCGUGAGCUUGGCUACUUCAGACCAAACUUCAUGGGCAACCAAUGGGCAGGAUGGACCAUGCCGGGAGUGCUUCAAGAGAAACCCGAUGAAGGCCCGACUAGUGUAUCUCCAACCAGAGGCAUUGCAAUGAUCGGAGCACGUCCAUGGGUUGCCUUGUACAACAUACCUAUACUGUCCACCGAUGUUGCAGCUACUCGAAGGAUUGCACGAAUGGUGAGUGCUCGAGGGGGAGGUCUCCCAACUGUGCAAACAUUGGGACUUGUUCAUGGUGAGGACUCCACAGAGAUAGCUUGCAUGCUCUUAGAGCCAAACCAGAUUGGAGCAGACAGAGUCCAGAACCGAGUUGAGAUGCUAGCAGCAGAAGAAGGGUUGUAUGUGGAGAAGGGUUACUUCACUGAUCACUCACCAGAUAUGAUAAUUGAAAAGUAUAUGAAACUAAUAUCUACAGAUAGAAACUAGACAAAAGAAACUUGCUGGGGCAGUGUGGGUCAAGAAAACAAACUAUAAGAGGUGAAGAACAAUGUUGUCAAGUAGAUUUGUGAAGUGUGAAGUUGCAUAUUUUGUUAAUAUAAUCUAAAACAAAACUCGUCGCGUUUU